AGAUUGUAAUCAAUUUGAAAAAUUAUCUUGUCUAAAUUAAAAAGACUGAAGUUAUUGUAAAAUUUAGGUAAAAAAUGUCAGAUUUUGACGACGAGGAAGGUGUAGAUGAACCUGUUUUAGACGACGAGGAGGAUGAUGAAGAAGCAGAAGAAGAAAAAGUUCCUGAGAAUCCACUGACAGAAGAAAUCUUAGCUGAUUCAUUGUCGUUGUUGUGCAAGACUGGUAAUGGACUGGCACAUGCCUAUGUUCGUCUAGAUGUACAUGACAGAGAUUUAACUGACAUUAGUAUAUUGAAUUGCUUCAUUCACCUCAGAUAUAUUGACAUCAGUGGCAAUCAGCUGAAAGACAUUUCAUCUUUAAGUUCCUUAACUCAUUUGUUGACAUUAAAAGCAGAUAAAAACCAAUUGGCAUCAGCAAAGUUAGACAAGCUACCAUACCUUCAAAUUGCCAAUUUCGCCAACAACAAGAUAGUUGACACAAAAGGAAUUGAACACCCAUUAUUGGAAACACUAAACCUCUCUUUCAACAAUAUUUAUGAAGUUACAGACUUUGAUUCAUCAGCACUAUCACGCGUAAAGUGUCUAGAACUUCGCAAUAACAAAUUGAUGACUACAAAUGGUAUUGGAAAGCUACCAAAACUACAAAAUCUUUACUUGGCAGCAAAUUCAAUAAAAUUCCUGGAAAAUUUGGAUCGACUGGAACACCUUGUUACCAUUCAUUUACGUGACAAUCAAAUACAAAAAUUGGAUGGUUUUUCUGCAAAUAUGAAGCAUGUGCAGUACUUGAAUUUCAGAGGGAAUAGUAUAUCUGACAUGAAAGAAAUUGACAAGCUUAAGUGUCUUCCUCUUUUGAGGGCAGUUGUGUUGAUGGAGAACCCUGUAGCAGAUGAUGACGAUUACCGAAUUGAAGUAUUGAUCAGUUUACGUCGUUUAGAAAGAUUGGAUAAGGAUGAGUAUACUGAAGAUGAGAGGCAAGAAGCUGAGGAGAUCCAUGAACAGAGAAGACAAGAAGCAGCAUUAGCGGAAAAUGUCAUGGAAGUAAUAGCUGAUGAUGAUGAUUGAAACCAUUUAACAAACCAGUUAAAUAAUUUCCACCAUGAUAGUUAAUGUAAAU